AUGAAUGGUAUCAUUCACAACUGCACACACAAGGAUUCAGAUGAUGUGCACUUUCGUCUCACCGAGGAGGAGAUGUUCAUCGCCAUCUUCAACUACAUUGAACAUUUGUUCAGCAAGAUUAAGCCCAAGAAGCUGUUCUUCAUGGCCGUCGACGGCGUGGCCCCUCGUGCCAAGAUGAACCAACAACGCGCUCGUCGUUUUCGGACCGCUUUGGAUGCCGAGAAGGCUCGCGAGAAGGCCAUCAGGGAGGGCAAAGAGUUGCCCAAGGAGGAACCCUUUGACAGCAACUGCAUCACGCCAGGAACCGAGUUCAUGGCCAAGUUGUCACAGCAGCUCAAGUAUUUCAUCAACAAGAAGGUAUCUGAGGACAGGGCCUGGCAACAGCCCGAGAUUGUGCUCUCCGGUCACGAGGUGCCUGGCGAGGGAGAACACAAGAUCAUGGAAUACAUUCGGAACGCGCGCGCCCAGCCCGACUACAGCCCCAACGUACGGCACUGCUUGUACGGUCUCGAUGCGGAUCUCAUCAUGCUGGGAUUGCUAAGCCACGAUCCGCAUUUCUGCCUUCUCCGCGAAGAGGUUACUUUUGGUCGCCAGGCGAAACACAAGUCGAAGGAACUGGAGCAUCAGAACUUCUACCUGUUGCACCUCUGCAUCGUCCGAGAAUAUCUGGAACUCGACUGGCUGCGAGGGAAGCGGAUGCUUGAAAAUGACGAGGCCGAGAGGCAGCGAGCGAAGGCCAAGGGCAAACUCAUUGUCAGCUCGGAACAGAAAGCUCUUUGGAAGAAGACCAUCCGCAAGUUUCUUACAAACCAAGGAGGUUCUCGGACAUUGGAUCUCGGCGCCGGACUCAACGCCGCGGACCGGAAGUUUGUCCAGGAGCUAGCAGAAGCCGCCCAUCUGGAGUGGGCCACAAAACCGGAUGACGAAGGCCAUCGCCAUCUGAUUCUCUCCUAUCCCGCCCGGGACGAGGAGGAUGAAGAGGAUGAAGAAGCUCAGUCGGCGGUGCUGCGCAUUGUCAAGAAGUAUGACAAUGCCCAAGUGAUCGACCUCACGUCGGCUGAUGCCAAGGCAGCCUUGGAGGCCAAUCUCGCGACGUUGCCAUAUUCUGCCAGCCUUGGUUUCCACGGAGUUAAUGUCUUCCAGCAGGACAGCCGCAACGAGAGCAUGGUCGUCAGCUUACUCGAAACGGAUUUGCGGACAAACGUGGAGUCUGCCAAAGUCAAGCUUGGCCAGCGCUGCUUCGUCGGCUACCCUUUCCUGCAGGAGGCCAAAAUCGUCAAGGUCUCGGACGAGCUCUUCGACUACACGCUUGCUGAUGACGGCAGUGGGCGGAUAGUCACCAGGAACCAUGCUCCUCGUGAGAUCGAGGAAUGGACCAAGAAGGCAGACAGGAUCGAGAAUUUCUACAGCAAGCGGCUGGGAAUUCUGAUUGGCCCUGUCGAGUCGCUUGUCUCCGUCCAUAUGCUCAAGGGUCUGAUCAAGACGGACGAAGGCGCGACCGUCAAGGAAUACGGGGAGAUUCCGGGCAUGGAAACGGAAUACGCUUCUCAGAUCAUUGUGGACGAGGUCGUCAACGAGGACGAACGCUUCAUCGAGAAAGCUGCGCUACCCGUGGAGGAAGAGUUCCCUGUCCAAUCGACCGGGUUCUUCCUGGGCGAAUACAACUAUGGCCAGCCCCUCGAGGUCGCGGGACAUUCGAGGGGUAAGCUCAGCAUUUGGCUUGCUGUCCUGGAGAGGCGCGAGCCAGAGUUCGCCAAAAAGAUCAUUCACGAUGCUCAAAGGGGCAUGCAUUAUUUGCCUUCAUACAUGGUGGCCAAGCAACUGGACCUGCACCCCCUCACGCUCAGCAAGAUCACAUCAUCUUACUACAUCCGCACCGUCGGUGAUCUCAGGGUUAAUCUCGGUCUCAACCUCAAGUUCGACGCGAGGAAGCAGAAGGUGCUGGGCUACUCCCGCAAAUCCGAGACCGGCUGGGAGUUCAGCCCUGCUGCUGUCCACUUGAUCGUGGAGUACAUGACGCGGUUCCCCGACUUCUUCGCCGGGGUCAAGCGGAACCCUUCGGGCGCCGAGCUGAAGGAGACGGAUCUCUGGGGUGAUCCCACCGUCGCCUCCGCUCGGGUCAAAGAGAUCGGCGCCUGGCUCAAGACUCUCAAGACGAGCUCCAUGGAACGUGUGCCCCUCGACGCCGAGCAGCUCGACUCGGACGUGGUCAUGCGGCUCGCUACCGAGGCAGAUAGGCUGCAGUUGAGCACCAUCUUCUCCCGUCCUAAGAAGAUGAACGGCGUUCCCCGCAACGCACUCAUGAGACCCGAAGACGCCGAGCACCGCCUCGGCAACCAGCGCUUCAGCCUCGGCGACCGAGUUGUGUAUGUCGCGCGGACCGGUAAAGUGCCCAUUGGGUUCCGUGGCACCGUCGUCGGCAUCAGCCACACGCCCACCGCCAAACUCCUAGACGUCGUCUUCGACGUCACCUUCAUGAGCGGCAAUACGCUCGGGGGUCGCUGCCCGCCGUUUCGCGGCCAGACGGUACCCUCGACGACUCUUUUGAACCUUAGCAACCACCAGGUCGUCGCCGGCUCCAAGGCCCAGGUUGCGCGCCAGCCCGUCAGUGCGUCGGUCACGACUCUUACCGCCCACGGCGGCUACCAUCUGAACGGCAAGCGCUACCAGGACGCGGCCGCCCCGCCUCCCCUGCAGGCAAGCUUCCGCAGUGUGGUGAAUGGGGCGGCCCGCGGUGGACGUGGAGGAGGAGGAGGACCGGGUGGCGGCCGCGGCGCGAUUCAGGGGAAUCUCCCUUACCGCGCGCACCAGCCGCAACGCCAACAGUUUGACGGUUCUCACGUACCUGCCAACAACGGCCCUGGCCAGGCGGUUCGUGGCCGCGGCGGAGCAAGCCAGUUCCGAGGCCGUGGCGCCGGCGGCAUCGGCUCCUCGAAUAGAGGACGCGGUGGCUACCCCGGUCCUGUCGGCGUGAAUCCUAAUGGAAUCGUACACCCGGCGUCGGCGCCGCCUAUGUAUGCAGCUGUACCCCCUCCGUCAAGCUUGGACGCGCCGCGGGGCGGUCGCGGACGUGGACGUGGCGGCGCACGGGGUAGGGGUGAUGGACCGGUUUUCCGAGGCCGUGGCAGGGGCGCCAGACAGCAGCAGACCGCGGCCCUACAGAGCUAG